AAGCACGCAUCGUUGCAGAACCAAAUUGAUUACCUGCAGGAAAAAGGUUGCGUGUUUGAGCGUAAGAAAACCCCAAAGCGAAAAAAAAAGUUGAUUACCAAGAACAAAGAGCUGCGGAAAUUCUCCAGGAGUGAAAUGUGCUCCUGCAAAUACUGCAGCACUUAUAAGCACAGCAAAUGGUAUUACCAUUUGGUAAGAGAGACCAUUAAAAACCCUCUAAAGACUGUCUCCUCGAGAAUCGGAGCAAGAACACCUGUGAUGCCCACCAAGCAGGCAUUGAUGAUCCAAUCAACGGGAGCAAGAGCACGAGAGCAUCGGUCUAAA